AUGUCCACCAACAUCCCCGACGGCCGCCGCCUCCUCCUCGUCCUCCAGCAGCACCUCGACGGCCACGCCCGCCGCACCGAGCACUGGGCGCUCGUCGCCAUCGGUCCGCGCACCCGCGAGGCCGACGUCUUCCAGAUGUCCGGCAACAUGGAGUCGUUCCACUUCGAGGCCAUCCGCGUGCCCAACGUGCUCAAGGUCGCCGCGAUCUGCGGAGGGUACCCCCUCGGAUACGUCGCGGAGGACGCGAUGGAGCGGCUGCACGCGAUGCUCGCGGCGCAGCGCGUCGUGCUGCACGAUUGGGAGUGGGACUGCCAGGAUUGGGUGGUUGAAGCGGUCCGUGCGCUGAGACAGGAGAAGGGUGAGUGGGUGUCGAUGAAUGAGGGGUUCUCGGAGGCGACGUUGAGGCGGGAGCUGAGGGCGGAGAAGGACUUGUGGGAGAUCGGGGAGGAUCAUCUGUUCGAAAGGAUGCUUAAUGCGCAGAACGCAUCUUGA